AUGACUCGAUCAAGGGGUCGCCAGCCUGGCAUACAUACCAAGCACCUGACGGAAGAAGACCGCAGGCAUGUCCGCAUCCUGUACCUCGAGGGCGGGAAAUCCAAGGAAGAGAUCCAGCAGCGAACCGGCUUUUCAGCUGCCCAGGUCCGACGAGCCAUUUCAUCCGAAUCGACAGCAAUCGGUAAACGAAGUGGUCGACCGUCAAAGAUACCCAAGCCCAUAAUCGACGGAUCGAGCUGGUCGCAGCCCAUUUACUUCGAUUCUCCGCAAGCCCUUGGCCACUGGCUAGCUUACAACCACAACUCAAAGCCGGAGCUCUUUGUGGGCUACUAUAAGAAACACACGGGCCGAGCAGUCUUGACGUGGUCAGAUGCCGUUGACGAGGCUUUGUGCUGGGGCUGGAUCGAUGGAAUGAAACGCAAGGUGGAUGAUGACCGCAUGGCGCAGCGAUUCACCCCCAGGACCAAGUACAGCCAUUGGAGUCGCGUCAACGUCGACAAGAUGGCCUUGCUGGAGGCUGCCGGACGCGUUCGCGAGCCUGGCCGGAUCGCUUUUGCGAGGCGCCUCGAGGAAAACACGGCCCAGAUGAGCCACGAGCGCGAUGUCGUCCUUCGCGACGAUUUCAUUGAGCGGCUAAGGAUUGCGGGACCCGCAAAUUUCUAUCUCGCACAACGAACCCCGGGUUACAGGCGCCAAGUCUUCCACUGGAUCAUGACUGCGAAGCGGCCAGAGACACAGGAGCGUCGAUUCCAGGAGUUAAUGGUCAGCUCAGCCCAGGGCGAAGAUGUCAAACACUUUCGACGAAAGUGA